UACCGGACUGCGGAGAUGGCGGACGCAAUGCUGGGCAGCGGGCUCCCCGCGCAGCAGGCCGUGGUGCUCUCGGUGGUGCCGGGGGAGGUGCGGGCCGGCCAGGCCGUCGCCAAGGGGGCUUGUGAUGGAGGCGAUGAGUGCGGCGUAGGGAGCGGCCCUGCGGCCCCCCUCGGCCAGGCGGGCAGCCAGGGCCGGGAGCAGGCCGCGCUGGAGACGGUGCUGCCCGCGCCCACCGAGGAGUCGAAUAGCACCGACAGCGCCAAAGCUCCCAAAGUGAACUGCGAGGAGAGAAACGCGACUGGCAUCGACCGCUUCACGCUGCAGAUCCUGAACGUGUCUCAAGACCUGAUGGAAUUCUUAAACCCAAAUAGUAGUGACUGUACGUUAGUCUUGUUCUACACACCGUGGUGCCGCUUUUCUGCCAGUCUGGCACCUCAUUUUAACUCUUUACCUCGAGCGUUUCCAACCCUUCGCUUCCUGGCACUGGAUGCAUCUCAGCACAGCAGUUUAUCAACUAGAUUUGGAACUGUUGCUGUACCAAAUAUCCUCCUUUUCCAAGGUGCUAAACCUAUGGCUAGGUUUAAUCAUACAGACAGAACGCUGGAAACACUGAAAGACUUCAUUUUUAAUCAAACAGGUAUAGAAGCUAAAAGCGACGUGUCUGUGACCCAGGAAGACUGGGAGGGCCCCCUGCCUAGUGUUCUGACAAAAGGCAUAGACUGGCUGCUUCUCUUUUCUUUGCUCUUCCUGGCUAGCUUUGUCAUGUACGCUACUGUUCGAACAGAGAGCAUUCGGUGGCUGAUCCCAGGACAAGAGCACGAACAUCAGGAAUAAUCUGAGGUGCUGAAAUAGGGAGAGAAUUUCCCAUGUAGCGGUAAAGCUGGAAUUGGUACGGACUAGAAGUACAUAAAAACAAACUGUUGAAUUUGUUGGUUGUAAUUUAUAAUCUUGACUAAAAAUCUGCUUUAUUUAUCAACUAAUGAAUCUGUAAAACAAA